CCAGCGUCUGCGCCGCGGAUCCGGAGUGUGCGUUUAUUUUUCUUCAGGUGGGGGAAACAGGUGACGGAGCGGACCGACUCUCAGACGCCUCGACGUGCAUCGGUGGAGAUUACUGCUGUUCUGCACGCACACACAUACACAGUCCCCCCCCAAAAAAACCACCCCACCCUCCCGACCGCAACAGUAGAUGCCCCUCACCUACGUGCAACUCGAGCUGCUCAUCUAAGCCCGCCAAGAUGGAAAACGCGCACACGAAACCGGUGACCGAAGUUUUAGACAACUUUGGCGUGAACGAAAACACCGGGCUGACUCUGGAGCAGGUCAAAGUCAACGUGGAGAGAUACGGACCCAACGAGCUCCCAGCUGAAGAAGGCAAGUCCCUGUGGGAGCUGGUGGCGGAGCAGUUUGAAGACCUCCUGGUCAGGAUCCUGCUGCUCGCUGCCUUCGUCUCUUUUGUGUUGGCUCUGUUUGAGGAGGGACAGGAGACGUCCACCGCUUUUGUUGAGCCGAUUGUGAUUCUUCUUAUCCUCAUUGCCAACGCCGUUAUCGGAAUCUGGCAGGAGCGGAAUGCCGAGAGCGCCAUCGAGGCUCUGAAGGAGUACGAGCCGGAGAUGGGGAAGGUGUACCGUAUGAACCGCAAGGCUGUCCAGAAUGUCAAAGCCAGAGACAUCGUCCCAGGAGACAUCGUGGAGGUGGCAGUUGGUGACAAGGUUCCUGCUGACAUCAGAUUGACCUCCAUACAGUCCACCACCUUGCGAGUGGACCAGUCCAUCCUCACAGGGGAGUCUGUGUCCAUCAUCAAACACACGGACCCGGUUCCUGACCCCAGGGCUGUCAACCAAGACAAAAAGAACAUGCUGUUUUCUGGCACAAACAUUGCAUCGGGCCGUGCCACCGGCGUGGUCGUUGCCACCGGCGUCUCCACAGAGAUCGGUAAGAUCCGGAAUCAGAUGGUGGCUACGGAGCAAGAGAAGACGCCGCUGCAGAAGAAGCUGGAUGAGUUCGGCCAGCAGCUCUCGAAGGUCAUCUCCCUGAUCUGCGUGGCGAUUUGGGUCAUCAACAUCGGCCACUUCGGGGACCCAGUCCACGGCGGCUCCUGGUUCCGAGGGGCCAUCUAUUACUUCAAGAUUGCCGUGGCCCUGGCCGUGGCCGCCAUCCCCGAGGGGCUGCCCGCUGUCAUCACCACCUGUCUGGCCCUCGGCACGCGGCGCAUGGCCAAGAAGAAUGCCAUCGUCCGCAGCCUGCCCUCGGUGGAGACGCUAGGCUGCACCUCGGUCAUCUGCUCCGACAAGACGGGCACCCUGACCACCAACCAGAUGUCCGUCUGCAGAAUGUUUGUUACGGACAAGGUGGAACAUUCCAGCUGCAGCCUCCACGAGUUCUCCAUAACUGGCUCUACAUAUGCCCCUGAGGGGGAAAUACUUAAAGGAGACAAACUCAUCCAGUGUGGCGACUUUGAUGGACUUUUGGAGUUGGCCACUGUCUGCGCCAUGUGCAAUGACUCUUCACUGGACUACAAUGAGGCCAAAGGGGUUUAUGAGAAGGUGGGUGAAGCCACGGAGACGGCUCUCACCACCUUGGUGGAGAAGAUGAACGUCUUCAAGACCGACCUGUCCGUGUUCAGCAAGGUGGAGCGCGCCGGUGCCUGUAACUCGGUGAUCAAGCAGUUGAUGAAGAAGGAGUUCACCCUGGAGUUCUCCCGUGACCGCAAGUCCAUGUCUGUCUACUGCACCCCUGUCAAGCCGGGCUCCCAGAGCAAGAUGUUCAUCAAGGGCGCUCCAGAGAGCGUGAUUGAGCGCUGUCAGUACCUGCGGGUGGGAACAGCGAAGGUGGGUCUGACGCCAGCCCUGCGCGACCAGCUGCUGUCUAAGAUCAAGGAGUGGGGCACGGGCAGGGACACCCUGCGUUGCCUGGCGCUGGCCACUCACGACGUCCCGCCACGCAAAGAGGACAUGGACUUGGAGAAUGCCAGCAAGUUUGCACAGUACGAGUUGGGUCUCACGUUCGUUGGCUGCGUGGGAAUGCUGGACCCGCCCAGGAAGGAGGUGAUCGGCUCGUUGAAACUGUGCAACGAGGCGGGCAUCCGCGUCAUCAUGAUCACGGGGGACAACAAGGGCACGGCCGUGGCCAUCUGCAGACGGAUUGGCAUCUUCGGCGAAGAUGAGGAUGUGACGGGGAAGGCCUACACGGGACGCGAGUUCGACGACCUCCCGUUGGAGGCCCAGAAAGAAGCCGUCAAGCGGGCACGCUGCUUCGCCCGCGUCGAGCCGGCCCACAAGUCCAAAAUCAUCGGAUUCCUGCAGGCGUUCGAUGAGAUCACCGCCAUGACGGGAGAUGGUGUGAACGACGCCCCGGCCCUGAAGAAAGCGGAGAUUGGCAUCGCCAUGGGCUCCGGCACAGCGGUGGCCAAGUCGGCGUCUGAGAUGGUGCUGUCUGACGACAACUUCUCCACCAUAGUGGCCGCCGUGGAGGAGGGCAGAGCCAUCUACAACAACAUGAAGCAGUUCAUCAGAUACCUCAUUUCCUCUAACGUGGGAGAAGUCGUCUGCAUCUUCCUGACUGCCAUCCUGGGUCUCCCCGAGGCUUUGAUUCCAGUCCAGCUGCUGUGGGUGAACCUGGUGACCGACGGCCUGCCGGCCACCGCCCUGGGCUUUAACCCCCCAGACCUGGACAUCAUGGACAAACCCCCCCGCAACCCUAAGGAGCCCCUCAUCUCUGGCUGGCUCUUCUUCAGAUAUAUGGCCAUUGGAGGAUAUGUGGGUCUUGGAACUGUGGGUGCUGCCACAUGGUGGUACCUGUUUGACGAAGAGGGCCCAGAAGUGUCUUUCUAUCAGCUGAGACACUUCAUGCAGUGUACCGAGGACAACCCCAUGUUCCAGGGCGUGGACUGCGUAGUGUUUGAAUCUCGCUACCCCACAACCAUGGCCCUGUCUGUGCUGGUCACCAUCGAAAUGUUCAACUCACUCAACAGUUUGUCUGAGAACCAGUCCCUGCUCAGGAUGCCUCCGUGGGUCAACUUGUGGCUGCUGGGAGCCAUCAUCGUCUCCCUCUCCCUGCACUUCUUAAUCCUCUACGUCGAGCCUCUUCCGUUGAUCUUCCAGGUGACCCCGCUACAUUGGGCCCAGUGGAUUGUGGUCCUGAAGAUUUCCUUCCCAGUCAUCCUCCUGGAUGAGGCACUGAAGUACAUCGCCAGGAAUCAUCUAGAAGGUGAUGAGGAGAAGAAAUAUCGGAGGAGGUGGCAGCAGCUGAACUGAGACCUCUCCCUCAACACACUCGCACACUUUGACACACGCCUACCCUCUUCCCUUUAGAGCUUGAACCCUUUCCUCUUUCUGUCCUCAUUCCCAACACCUGCAUGUCAAAAAAAAACACCACUAGCAAUGAGCAGGGCUCGCAUGAGAGUGUGUGUGUGUCUGUGUGUGUCUGUGUGUGUCAGCCAACUGCAGAGAUGGAGGAAAGAAAUGAAGAUAAAACUGACCAGGGGUCUUCAUUUUUUUUUUUUAGAUUUCCGCUCAUUGUUGUUUUUGGCUGUACAGUACAAAGGAGAGGGACGACGGGGGAGGAGAAAACUGAAGUUGUUUUUGCGUCCACACAAACAUUCCGUUGGAGAACGUUACCGGGCUCUUGAGUUGGAGAUGUCGUUCCUCCUAAAUGUGGGAGUAGCUUCACGCCGCUUGGCUGCUUCCUUCGCCUCUUAAAUCUCGGCUCACCGACUUGGCAAACGUGCAUGAAUAAAAAAAUAAUGUCAAACGGCAACCGAACCAGCAUAUCAGUCGAGUAGUCGUCAGCCGGUCACACAGCUAAGCCUCGCUUUAACGUCCAUCUGCUGUGGAGUUUUUAGCUGUGGAACAUCUGGAGGCCGAUUGGGGCGGGAGGAUGAAGCUCUGUGAUAUUUUGGACACAAAAAUUGUCUCGGAGCAUCAUGUUGUUGCUCUCCCCUUUUUUAAUUGAAUCAGUUGUUCCGUACCCUGCACCAGCGUGCGUUUGUUUGUGUGUGUGUGUUUGUGUGUGUGGCCUUACUUGAAUGAAUUUGUCUGAUCUGACUUGAUAGUCGGCUAAUCGCACAGACGAUGUAGUGAAUAAGUUAUGGCAGGUAAACUGCUCGACUGCUUCAGUCUCACUUGGUCAUGAAUCCUUUGCGCGUUCGGCACAUUCAGCAUCCUUAUGCCUUCUCCAGCCCACUGCACCUCCACAUGGCAAUAUGUGGUGGCCAUGAAUGUGUUCCUGUGAGCCCCAACCACCGCCCACUCGCAUGCGCCCCAACAGUGAGACUCUUGGUUCGAGGUCUCAAAGACUGCCCCUGAUUGUCCCACUGGUUUGAGGCAUGUUUAUUAGGAAUACCCUUGUUGUUGUUGUGGUUGUGCUUCCUGCGCCGCUCCUCCUGCUCUGUCAGUGCUUCAGCGACUCACUUUGGUAUUGUUUGAUAGUGACUAAAUAGUAAUGUAUUUGACUGAAUGAACCUGCGUGCUUUGGAUUGUGUCUUUAAGUCUUAACUAUGGGUUUCUGUGUGGGGGACUGGGUUCAGUGGUCUCUUUGGGCUCUCGUUGGUUCCUUGUGGGACAGAGGUGAGUGUGCACAUUCCAAUAACAACAAAAAACGAUCCCGCUCGGUCAAAAAUAGUUCAAACGAAUUUGAUAAAAUGACGAGAUCUUCUGCCUUUUCUUUUCUUUCCUUGCCGCCACACCAGUUAAGAUACCUGCUUUAGAAUAUACAAGGAAAAUCCCCCCUUAAACGAUUCCAACAAUAAUGACCAUCUGCUAUUGCUCAGGAGACUAUAUGUAGUUGGUGUAUUCAUCGUUUUUGUUGCCUGGUGAUUUCCAGUUCCACAGGCUCUCUGGGGCUAAUUGUUGGAAGUGUACAGAAGGAAAUUGCUCACUUAAAAGGGACAUAGCAUGAGAAAGAAACUCACUCUUUCGGUGCGUGUGCACACACAUUUGGGUUUCUGGUAACUGUGAAUUAAAACAACCCAGUCAUGUUUUGUUUGCAUCUAGAUGAGACGACAUGUGAUUCAGCCAUUCACGUUUGUCUCCCCUUCCCACGUCGCAUGCAGGCUCGUCAUAAUUUCUAACAGUAGCUCCAUUACGGCUCCACCACUGCCUUUGCAGAAGUGGGCCAUAUUUUUUUCUCUGCAAGCCAAUCGGAGCAGACUGGGCUUUUUUGAGGGGGGGGGGCGGGGAUCUUAAAGAGACAGUUGUCGAAAUAGAGCUUUUCAGACGGGAGAAUGCAUCUAUAUUCAGACAGACGGUAUGAGUAAAAUAAUGUGUUUUUUAGAACAUCUAAGCAUGUAAACGUGUUCUCGCAGAAGACUAAAACACAAGUAUGAACUAAUAAUGUCUACUUUUUAAGUGGAAGUUGACCACGCCAAUUAAAAGUAAGUUCCCUGUAAAGACAUCACCAGAUUGACAAAGAAAUCCCGAUGACGGUGUGAGAAGAUUUAAGGGUGGAAUAUUCCUUCGCAUUUUAGUCCAGAAACUGGAUUCUGUCUGUAGUUAAUGGCUUGAUUCCAACUCCAUUUGACAUAAACGGCCUCUGCCUUACGUUUUUGUCUCAACACUGUGUGGCUUUGGCACCCCAGUCCAGACCAGCAGACCACUUGUCCAAUGACUCUGUAACAUGCUGGCAAUCUGGCUACUAGGCUAUAUUUUAUAUAUAUAUAUAUAUAUAUAUAUAUAUAUAUUAUUUACUACUGAAUCCUCAACUCUGCAGAAGAUGAGAAUAUGAUCGCAUGGCACCUUGUUACUGUAAUAAUAACCUAUACAGUAUUUAAUUUGUUGAUAAUUCAUCAAUGAAAUCUACUUACCAACAACACAGACCUGCGAGAACCCAUUUUUUUAUUUUUCUUUGAGCACAUGGUAUCUAAGGAUCUUUUUGUUUUCUUACUGUUUCAUAGAAUAGAGAGGUUGUUUCUUCAUUUUCCCCAUGUGGUUUUUACAGUUGCUGGGGUUUUGUGUCUUUUACUGUAGGAAAAAAAAAGAAUAUGACGUUAUCGUGUUUAAGAUAGACAAGAAUCAUACUUACGCUAAUAAAUGACGAUGACGCUGAUCAUUUCAGUGAUGGUUAAUCCGGUGUGAGAAUGUUAAAGAAUUUGUGAAUGAACUGUGUCUGGUUUACACUGAGCGAUAAGCAGUGAUGGAUUAUGAAGUUUUAUGACAUGCAUUGAAGGGCUUGGUGUGGAUGCAGGCUCUGGAGACCCCUGACACUUGAAGUCCUCUACCAUCUGUUAAAGAAAAUAAGCACCGUGACUGACCGUGAAGGAGCGAUCAGCCUCAUAUGAAUAACAUCGUCUCUAGAGCCUGAGUUCACCUCUGAGAAAUUAAAAAGGAUUCUCUGUCUUGCCUUGUUAAUAUUGACUGUGGACACAGAAUUUUAUAAAUGACAAAGAUGUGGAAAUAAAGAUAAUUUAUCUUGUUAUUUAUUCA